AUUUUAUAGAGAGGAACAAGGAGGAGUGUAUAGAAGAGAAAGAAGAUUGGGGUUGAGUUGAGGAUUAGGGUUAGGGUUUGAUCGCACGCAAUGGCUGGCACCGGCAUCCACCCAUACCAUCAGCAAUGGCCCCCAGCGGCCGCCGCUCCUCCUCCGCCACCUCCAGCGGCCGCAGCCGCUCCUCCUCACGCCGGCGACGAGGUUCGAACGAUAUUCAUAACCGGUCUUCCCGAGGACGUGAAAGAGAGGGAACUUCAGAAUCUGCUGAGAUGGUUACCCGGCUUUGAAGCUUCUCAGUUGAAUUUUAAAGCGGAAAAGCCAAUGGGUUUCGCUCUGUUCACAGCUCCGCACCAAGCACUCGCGGCCAAAGAUAUUCUCCAAGACAUGCUCUUCGAUCCUGACACCAAGUCCGUCCUCCACACUGAGAUGGCCAAAAAGAAUCUCUUCGUGAAAAGGGGAAUUGGAGCUGAUGCUGGUGCUUUUGAUCAAAGUAAACGAUUAAGAACGGCUGGGGAUUAUACACAUACUGCUUAUACAUCUCCAUCCCCUUUUCAUCCUCCCCCGCCACCUGUUUGGGGGCCACAUGGAUACAUGGCUCCACCACCACCUCCUCCAUAUGAUCCAUAUGCGGGCUAUCCGGUUGCACCUGUACCAAUGCCUACUCCUGCUCCCAUAGCAGCGCCUAGUAGUUAUGUUCCAGUUCAGAACACAAAAGAUAACCCUCCUUGCAACACCCUGUUUAUUGGGAACUUGGGAGAGAACAUAAAUGAGGAAGAAGUAAGGGGCCUUUUCAGUGUACAACCUGGUUUUAAGCAAAUGAAGAUUUUGAGACAGGAGAGGCAUACAGUUUGCUUCAUUGAGUUUGAAGACGUGAAUAGUGCUACCAAUGUGCACCAUAACCUGCAGGGUGCUGUUAUCCCAAGUUCUGGCUCCGUUGGCAUGCGGAUACAAUAUUCAAAAAAUCCAUUUGGAAAAAGGAAAGAUAAUAUUCCUAUUGCUGUUCCCACUGCUAAUGGAGCUCCACCAACAAUGACUUAUCAGUAGCUUGAAGGGGAUGUAAUCUGUUCUUUAUGCUCCAACAAAUAUUACCACAUAAUAGGAUGCAUCUUGCUGCUGUCACAUGCAUCCAUUGAUCAUCAAGUCAUCGCCAUUAGCAUCCUUGCUCAUGUGAAUGAAUGCACAGUGGCAUCAUAUACAUACAUUUGGCUAUGUUAUACUAAUCGGACAUGCAUUUCUUGGCAACAUGUGUUGGUUCCCAGAUUACUUUUGUAGGCUUAGAUGGUAUUAUCACCUGUAGAAUUGAUGCAUGGGUCUAAAUUUUGUUUAAAUUGUGUGCUUUAUGGUCAUAUAUACAUUCUGUGUACAUUGGCAUUAGGAAUGCUUAUUCAAACAAGCUUUUGGCUUCUAUUUUCUAA